UGAAAAGGCCUAAUAGCAAACUGCGAAAAGUCAUAAUCCAAAACUGAAAAAUUUGAAUGAAUACGUAAAUAAAUAUAAAUAUUCAGUUUCAUUCCCUAAAUUCAAAAGCUUUCGGGCGUUUCUUAAAAAUAUUUUUUGGACCUUUAACAUGGAUAGUGAGCCUCCGUCGGAUGGGUAUCUGAUUGAUUUGAUUGACAGCGAAUGGCUCACAGAUGAACUGCCAAACGAUCAGAUAAUGGUGCCCUUCGAGAAACUGCCUGAUCCAGAAGCUGAUAAUGGAGACUCGCACCUUACGCUAACUGAGCAGGAACAAAAAUGGACUGAUCUUGCUUUUUCCGCACUUGCCCCUGAACUGUCCAUAACAGAUCAGCUUAAUAUGAAUGGUGUUUAGGAAAAAAUCGGAAUGAGUCACACAUCGAUGUUAAACUAACAAUUCAAUAUAGACUUAGAAAUUCAGAAAAUUCAAAAUGAACAAAAAU